AUGUCAGAAUGCGCCGCAUUAUCGCCCGCCGCCGCUUCUGCUUCCACCUCCCCCGCCGCCUCGAGAUUUCCGGGGGAGCGCGCCUCUCCCGGCAGCGGCGCGUCGCCCGGCGGCGACGCGGCGGCGGUCGAACCGCAGCGCGCCUCAGCUGGCGGCGCCGCCUCAGCAGACUGCGCCGCCUCUCCUGGCGGCGACGCGGCGCCUGGCGGCGAGAGGCAUCUUUUCUGCUUCGGGCUGGGAUACGUGGCAGUGGCACUGUCGAGUGUGCUUCUAUCCAAAGGCUGGCGCGUGUCAGGCACGUGCAGGAGCCAGGAGGAUUGGCAUCGAUUGUGUCACAUGGGCUUACAAGCACACCUGCUGGAGGACCAUGGCACUGACAGCACCGUGUGUCUCCCCCAGGCCGCUCUCUCCGCCCUCCACUCGGCCACUCACGUACUCGUCUCCAUCCCCCCUCUCCUCUCUCCUCGCCCCUCAUCCCCACAACACGUUGAUGUGGUGCUUUCCUCCUGUUGCCAGCACCUGAUGCAAUCUGCCAGGCAUGGGCUCAGGUGGAUCGGGUAUCUGUCGUCCACAGGCGUCUAUGCCUACGACUCCUCUCCUCUGAUCUCCCCUAUUUCCCCCUCCCUCUGCCAUCCCCGCCUCUCCCCCGCCUCCCUCCGCCAUCCCCGCCUCUCCCCCUCUUACAACAGUGCUCUGGAUACAGCAGCAGUAGAGAUGGCUUUUGAGUCGACUCAAAAGUCACCUCUGGAUACAGCAGCAGCAGCAGAGAUGGGAGCAGGAGAAGCACAGUCAUCAGUGUCAGCUGCAAUGCUUGAUUCAACGAGAAGCAGGCGAGGGGAGAGCAGCUGUGAAAAGGGCAACCUCAGCAGUGAAGCGCCCAGUGGCAACUGGGGUAGCAACAGCGAUCGGGGCAGCAGCAACCAUAAGGGUGAUAGUGGCAGCAAAAGGGAUGAGAGCAGCACCAAUCGCGAGCGCAGGCAGAGGAAGCGGUUCACGUCGCGGUGCCACGUGGCAGACAUCUGCGCUGCGAUUGGUGCCAGCAUGGACGGCCGUGGCAGCAGUGCAAUCAUCAACAUUGUCGAUGACGACCCGUCGCCUCGCCACCACGUCAUGCAGUUCGCUCGCCAGCUCAUCGCCUCGGGAGAAUCGGAUCUGUACUGGCAGAAACUAAAAGCUCUGCGAAUCACUCUGCCGCCCGGAAUCAUCCGGCGGGGGGACAGCGGGCGGGUGAGAGGCGCUGAGAAGGAGAAGAAAAAGACGACGCAUCCCACCAUUGUUACUGGAACUUGA